AUGGAGCUGGCCCAGGAGGAUGCAGAUGACAGCUGGGAGUUGUAUUUUUUUAAGAGACUUGUGGAAGAGUUUUGCCCUGGCUGUGGGGAAUAUGGGCACAUGGUGGCCAUCUGCCCCAUGCAGUAUGAAGGGGAGGAGCCAUUGCUGCUGUCCCAAGAGCCAGAGGGAGAGGAGCUACAGUUCUGUAAGCUGGAGAGGGAGGAGUGGGAGGCCCAACCCCCAGAUUUUUUUGGGGGGGUUGACAAGGGGGUGAAGCUGGUGCUAAACAAGUGCAGGAAGUGUGUUGUUGUGGGCAAUGGUGGAGUCCUGAGAAAUAAGACUUUAGGCAAAGUUAUUGACUCCUUUGAAGUAAUAAUAAGGCUAAACAGUGGUCCUGUGCGCGGGUACGAGAGUGAUGUUGGGAAAAGGACCACGUUCAGACUGUGCUAUCCUGAAUCCAUCUUUAAAGAUUCCAGAGAUUCUGAUCCAGACACAACUGUUGUCAUCAUCCCAUUUAAACCACACGAUUUAAGGUGGAUGACUGAAGUACUACUACACAAACCAGUGAACAUCGAAGGAUUCUGGACAAAGCCUGCUACAAAACUAAUUUACAAGCCAGAACAGCUCCGGGUUUUAAGUCCUCUCUACCUGGACAAAGCAGCCCACAACUUUCUUCAUUUUCCUGAGAAAUUGCUUCCUAAAAAGAUACCAACACACCCAACAUCAGGAAUUAUUGCAAUUGCAAUGGCCCUGAAUGUGUGCGAAAAAGUAUAUAUAGCAGGGUUCAAGUACAACUUAUCUUCAAACAAUUACCUGCACUAUUAUGGAAACGAGAAAAUGUUUGCAAUGACAAGGAAUAAAUAUCACAACAUCACUGCUGAGCAGAUUUUUCUCCACCAGCUUAAAUAUAGCCAAGCAAUCAUUGACCUGACAGAUGAGUGA